AUGGACCCAAAUGGUGAAAUAGCGUUAUUUGACUUUUUGUUUAAGCAAGAUAGCAGGAUACCCCUUGAUCAUAAAAUAUAUAUAGACUCGAUCGAUCCUACUCGCUAUUUGACAUAUGGAGAACUAGCUGAAAAAUCACUUCAAUGUGCAGCCGCGUAUAAGCAUCGAUUUGGGUUGCAAAGGGGUGAUGUUAUUGCUGUAUGUUCUCCUAAUGAUAUAAGAUGUCCUAUCUUUUUUUUUGGCGCAAUUGCCGCAGGCUGCGUCAUUACUCUAUUAGAUCAUUCAGCGACUUCUACCCCGAAAGAUAUCCUGACUGAACUCACUACGGCGAAACCAAAACUCUUUAUUAUGCACCAGUCUCAGGAGGAUUUCGCUUUUGACGCUGCCAAGAAAGCAGGCCUUACAGAGGAAAAUAUACUUUUGCUACAAGACAAUAAGACACUGCAAGAUAAUUCAUACCCCCAUCUUCUGACUGCUGACGAUAUAUUAUUGUCACAUGAUGCCACAACAAAGCCUUAUGCAUACAACAAAUACGACCUACUAAACACCCCAUUCUGCCUUUAUUUUACUUCGGGAUCUACUGGUAAUCGAAAAGCAUGUAUGAUCAAACAAAACGCGCUUGUUUGUAUGUUACGAUAUGUCAGCAAAAGCCUUCCUAUAGGUUGUCUUUCAACCAUAACGACUUCCGGCUUUAGUUAUGGAAGUUCGCUUGUCGUACAUUUUAUGUUUGCUGUUUACUUUGGCAUUUCGGUUUAUAUUUAUCGUGGCGGGAAAAAUGCAUUUGAAGACAUAUGCCGCAUUACUGACAAAUACAAAAUCAACCUGUUGAUGCUAUCCCCUCAUUUGGCCACCGUCUUUGUAAGAAAGUCAGAAAUUAGGCACAAGUACAAUUUAUCUUCACUUAAAAAGAUCUAUGUCGGAGGCAGCCAUAUGGACAUGACUCUCCUGAAGCUUUCAGAGCAAGAGUUUGGAUUUCCCUAUACAAACUCGUUUGCAAUGACCGAGUGCGUCGGAGUGUUUGAACAAACGGAUGAGUGGGCUCUCAUUGGCUCUGUUGGCAAAUUGUGCUAUGGGAUGUCUGCUCGUAUCGUGGACCAAGAUGGAAAUGAUGUGCCCCUAGGAGAGCCAGGCGAGCUUCGAUUAAAGGGCCCUAUGACGGCCAUUGGAUACUAUGGCAAUGAGAAAGAAACUGCCAAAUUGUUUGAUGAGCACGGAUAUCUGAGAACUGGAGAUAUGUUCAGAAUGGAUCAAGAUGGCCACUUUUACUAUAUAACGCGCUACAAGGACCUCAUAAAAUAUCAUCGCUUCCAUAUCUACCCUAUAGAGAUAGAAGAAGUGCUUUUCAAGCAUCCAUCCGUCAUGGAUUGUGCAGUGGUAGGCGUCUAUUCUGAGCAAGAAGCAGUGGAGCUCCCGCGAGCGUAUAUUAUAUUGGUCGAGCAAGAACAGAAUAAGGAAAAUGUUUUGCAAGAUAUCCUAGAUUACGUUCAUUCACAGGUCCAUGAUAGUCGUAAAUUACGAGGCGGCAUCUAUCAGCUGGCUUCGUUUCCAAGGACAGCGUCUGGAAAGAUCAAGAGACGUGAGCUCGUUGCUAUGGCAAAUCAAGAAAAAUAUAUGACAGUCACUUUACAAAGAUAA